GACAUUGUUUAUCCACUGCUGGGAUUUAGAUUUACUAGCUUCACUAAAAUGUAAAAUAAAUGGUUUAGGAGCAAUACAUUUACUAACACGUUCCAGAUUAAACGCACGGUCUCUUUUUAUAAUAAUAAAUCUUCGACUUUCGCUUGCGCGUUUGAAAACAGCUUUCAUUAAAAAAUGGCCGACACUAAAUGAAGCGGUUAAUUGUGAUGUCACUAAAAGUGUGCCACAUGACUGACAGCUAGGUUGCCGAUACAAGCCAAAAUUACAAAAAAAAACCUAACAAAGUAACAACAGUGUUGUAAAAACACCAGAAUGCCAUCAAACUACAAGAAAAAAAAACAUCGGAAACAUAAAAACCAAUCCCGACCGCACGAGGCUAGCGAUCAUGAGGAUGACAAUGAUGAUGACUCUUCAAUUGAUAAAUCCACGCUGACUGCAGCAAGCAUAGAGCAGAAUAAUAAUAAACCUUUCGUCGUUAAGUACUCCGAAGUUUACGGCCGAUAUCUGGUCGCUACGCGGGACCUAAAGGCAGGAGAAAAAAUAAUUGAGGUCGAGCCACUAGCGAUCGGGCCCUGGGCUGAAAGUGAUCCCGUGUGUCUCGGGUGUCACAAACCUUUCAAGAAAGACUGUGAAAUUGUUCGAUGCGCAGACUGUGGCUGGCGAAUGUGUACCGAAAGUUGUGGUGAAAUCGCCGCCAACAAAAUUCACAAAAGACUGGAAUGCAAGCCACUGAAAGAUCACAACGUAGCGAAGCUGCAAGAAACUUGUACAGGCCAGCAGUUGAAACUAAUGUAUGAAGCAAUUUUUGCACUUCGCUGUUUGCUGUUGAAGUAUGUAGAUCGACAGCGCUAUGCCCAGCUGCUGGACAUGGAUCCUCUGAACUCGGUACGCCAGGGAAUCCCCUCGCUAUGGAAGCGCAAUCAGGAGUGCAUCGUUCGGCGAAUUCGUGAGGAAUGGAACUUCGUGGAAUUUUCCGAAGAAGAAAUCCACACGAUGUGCGGUAUAAUUGAAGUGAAUUCCUUCCAGAUCGGCCAGAGUGAUGUGCACGCAAGAGCGCUAUAUCCGGAGGCUUUCUUUAUAAUGCAUGAUUGUACGCCAAAUACGACGCACACUGAUGAUCCGGAAACCGGCGUACUUUCGAUACGGCUUACGAACAACCUUAAAGUUAACGAUCCCAUCACACUUUCAUAUGCGUAUACGUUACAGGGAACCCUUAAACGGAGGCAGCAUCUUCAUGACAGCAAAUUCUUCUGGUGCCAGUGCAAGCGCUGCUCUGACCCAACAGAAUUCGGAACCCACUGUAGUACACUCAAGUGUUCGAAGUGUCCCAAAGGAUUAGUCUUAUCUACAAACCCACUCGAUCAGGAUGCGAACUGGAAAUGUCAAUCCUGUUCAUACACUGCCGCGGCAUCGAAUGUUGCCAAUUUUCUGGAUCGGUUAUUCAAAGAGAUUGACAUAAUCGACGGGAAUAGUGUUGAUCUUUAUGAAAAAUUCAUAAACAAAUACAAAACCGUCCUACACGAAAACCACUAUCUGUUUCUUUCGGCAAAACAUUCGCUAUGCCAACUCUAUGGAAAAAUAUCUGGCUUCCUGAUGCAUGAAAUGAACUUGCAGCAGAUCGAGCAAAAGGAAACUCUCUGCCGGGAUCUGCUAGCUGUCGUCGAUAAAUACGAACCAGGGCUCAGCCGUUUGCGUGGCGUUAUUAUGUACGAGCUGCACGCCCCUAUCAUGGUUAUUGCAAAACAUCAGUUCGAAACGCGCCAGAUCAAUGCUAGCCAGCUAAAGCGAAAACUGAGCGAAGUCCUGCAUCUGCUGAAGCAGAGCGCGGAAAUUUUACUUUUUGAACCGGCCGGAACACCUGAGUACGAUAUGGCACUGGCGGCACGUGAUGCCGUCAAACAGAUGGAAAACUAAAAUCCCUUGCAGCGCAAAGCUGUGGUUCGUUUGGAAAUGUGAUAGUUUUUAAAACGUUAAGAUGAAAUCCGAUUAAAUUUUUA